AUGGCAUCACUCCAGAGAUUCCUCCGCCCGGCAACCCGGCGCAUCAUCGCGGGCGCCCGUCCGGCUGCUUGCAUGUCCAACGCCCGUUGGCAAAGCAGCUCGUCGCGAGGGCCAAUCGACCCGGCGGCCGACCCGAACAAGGAACUUGAAGUAGGCGAGCUGCAGGGCGCAAAGUUCAAGAUUGAGCCGCUCCGGCGGGUGGGCGAGGAUGCCGCUACGAUGCGCGCGCGAUUGAUCUACCAGUCCCGUAAGCGCGGCACCCUCGAGUCCGAUCUCCUGCUCUCGACCUUCGCCUCCGAGCACCUACCCACAAUGAGCCCUGAGCAGAUGAAGCAGUACGAUCUCUUCUUGGAUGAGAACGAUUGGGAUAUCUACUACUGGGUGACGCAGGAGGAGUCCGCAGAUGGCGCCUCCAGCAGUCCAGCAGCCACGGGCGCAAAGCAGAACUCCGAGCCGUGGACGACGCCGAGCCCACGGCCAGGAGAGUGGGCGCAGACCAUAGGCACGUUCAAGCCGGCCUACCGGCCGGUGCCGGCGCGGUGGAAGGACAGCGAGAUCCUGGCCCUGCUCAGGCGGCAUGUCCGUGAGCGCAGUGCAUCGGGAGUGCUGGACGGGGGCAAUGCAAAGGGCAGGGGAGAGGGGAUGGCGUUCAUGCCGCCGCUAAAUCACAAAUAG